UCCAAACCAAACCAACUUUAUGUUUUUAUUCUUUCCUCACGGCUCACUCAGUUAAAGCCGGAGAAUUGUUCGACUGGCUUUGGUUAUUUUGUGUUAAUAGUUAAAAGAUGCGUCUCCGAGCGGACCGAGGCAAAGAAGCUUAACAAGAAGGCGAGAACACAGUGCAAGGCAGGAUACUGGUCAGGGCUGGACCCGGAGUAUGCCGGAGAAAGAAACGGAAGACCAAUCAACAGACUCUAUCAAGAGGAUACAACGGUAUAAGGAGGAGAGGCGGAAGCAGUUAGCUGCUCAGGCAGCUUCUCGUCUCUCAGGGAACGCGAGCUCAAGCGAGGAGGAUGAUCAGGCGGACAGGCGUUCUUACACGGAGUUUAAGAGAAGGAGGAGAAGGGAGAGAGGAAGUAAGGAGAAUAAUAAGGGUUCAUCCAGACACAACCUAAACUCCUCCGGCGGGGAGCUGUAUCAGAGCCGGAGCCGAGGUUCUCCUGAUACAAGAAUAUCUCCGGAUCUUCAAACCUCUCCGUCCCUACGAGGUUCUCAGGACCUCUUGAAAGGAUCUCCCGAGGUCCCUGAACGUUCCAAGGGAUACUCGAGGUUGAAAGGUUCUCCGAGUAGGUUGAAGAGUAGGUCUAGAGAUAGGUCUUGCUCCAACUAUGCCCGGAGAAGAGAAUCUUUAGAGCCUGAACCUCAAGUUCCUCAGGGAGCAGUUGGAGUAGGAGCAGCUGAGCUGGACAGAAAUAAAGAUUCUCCAGAGCAUAUUUAUCAGGUGAUACCUGAACCUCCUGAGUCACGUCCCAGAUUCCUUGGACCUAAACAGAACCAAACCCAAAAAUCUCAGGAUCUGUCCACGGACAGUGCUAGUAAUAUUUCUCCUGCCUACAGUAAAGACAGUCUUGAUAGAUCAGGCAGCAGGGAUAGUUUAGGAGACAAGGAUUUGUUGGAGCGGGAGGGUCUAGUGUCUCCGGAUAUAAUCAGGAAUGUGAGUAAUCAAAUCACUCCAACACCUAGGCGAAGAAGGAAAAAUCAAGAUGAAUCCAUUCUAGCCGUCUCUUCUAAGUUUCCUUCAGUCCGUCCAACUCUGGAUCUAACCCUGAGUAAAACCGUCCUAGAUCUAAACCCUAAACCUCACCAGGACUUCACUGCCAAAUCAAACCUUGAGCUAGACCUGAAACCUUCUCAUGAAGCCUCCAGUAAACAAUCAAACAUAGAUCUGACCAACCCUAGACUGAACAUUAUCAAUAAUAAUCCAGAAUCUCCAGGAAGUGUUCUGAGUCCUAGUUCUAAUUUGUCCGCCAGUAAACCGCCGAUAUUCCCCGCCCCUGACCGCUCUUCCAACGGUUUCAAGUUCCAGCUCAAGAAAUCCGGGGACUCCCCUCCGGGAUUCAUGAGGUCGGAGAGCAGCAGAUCUGAUACUGAACCUGCUCCAUUUAUUAAGGAGUUUAACGGCCUAGUUCGAAGAAGAAGUGGACAAUUCAAUCCAAACGAGGUAGCUCCGCCCAAACCCUUGCCACGCCCACAUUCAGUAUAUAGGAUGGAAGGGCAGAUCAACCACAGAGGAUCUGAGAUAGAUUCUGUCAAUCCGGUCUCGGAGAAGGAACGGAGAAAGUCGGAUUUCCUGUCACAUUACGAGGAACUAACUUGUCGGGCUGCAAUGGCGAUUAAGACGGUUGAUUUGUUUGUAAGGGAACCGUCAACGGUUGGGACCCCAUUACCCUCCCCAGGAACCUAUCUACCCUCCCCGUUAUCCUCCACCUCCUGCCUCCCCUCCCCCCUCUCCCCAGGGGUUGAGUCCGUUGAGUUUAAUGAGGAGGAGGUGCUCAAGACCUGUCAGGAUUUUCUUGUUGAUUAUAACAAGGCAAAACAACAAGGUUCUCCGACCUCGACACGACCUGGAUAUUCUCCGACCCAUCCUUCAUCUGUUCCCGGAGAUACAUCAUCCCGUCCUACUCCCAUCCCUGCUCCGCGGUUCAGUAUAUCACACUCCCGGAGUCAGUCUAGUCCCGGGAGAUCCUUGAGUCAACCCAACCCAACCCGUCCCAUCAGCCAACUCAGUCAGGAGGAUGAACUACUCUUAGAGGCAGCACAGGGCAAACAGUUUUGGGAAAGCGGAGAUAUUGAGAAAACGUUCAGAGCUCGGUCGUCUUCAUUCUCAAUGCCGGAUAGGUCGUCUUCCUUUUUAGAGGCACAGCACAACUCCGAGACGUCGUCUGCAAAAUUAAGACCUAUUCUGAAGAAGAGUACAGAGGACUUGUCCUACACUGCACAUGCUGUACAUACAGUACACAGUGCCCCCAGCAACCCCAACUCUACAAUUAGUAUUCUAAAGAACCGGGAUGAUAUCUUCGGGAAGGGGAAGCGAAGGUCUGCUGGGGAGGACGGGAAGGGGGAGCAUGUAAGGAUCCGCUCCCCCUCCCCUAACAGCCGAGGGGAGCAUGUUAGAAUCAGAUCACCGUCUCCGGAUUCGUCCGACGAGCCGCGGACGAGUCAUCGUAGUCGGAACAGUUCGUUUGGAGACGACAGAUCAGAUUCCGAGAUUCCGUCUAUACUAAAGAGAAGAGCAAGUGCAGAUGAUUUUAUGCUAGAUGCUGAGUACAAUCAGGCCUCCCCUGAGAAGGCGAGUAUACUGAAGAGAAAAGCAAGUUUCGGCAGCACGUACAGUACAUACAGUGGCAGUCAUAGUCCAGACCCGGGCACAGAGGGAACCAGAUCUAUACUGAAGAAAAGUAGCAGAAACAGUAGCAGAACUUGUAGCAGAUCUGCCAGUUUUGAAGACCUAGACGUAGAAGGAACAAAAUCAAUCCUGAAAUCUCGCAACAGCAGUAGAACCUGCAGUAGAUCUGGGUCCCAGGAGGAGCUUGACCUAGACCUGGAUGAGGAGGAGGAGGAGUGGAUGGAACCUAAACCUAAAUCCAUCCUCAAGAAGAAACAGUGGAGCACAGAUGAUGAGCUGGAUGAUAGAUCUGAUAGACCUAAAUCUAUUCUCAAAUCUCGGAGGUCGGAGGAAUCAAUAUCUCCGUCAUUAAAAUCUCGGAGGUCGGAGGAGUCAAUAUCUCCGGUUGGUGAGCCUCUGGGGGCACAGGAGAACUCAAGGAGUGGAAGCGCCAGACGGUAUUCAAGACAUUCAUCUCUACAAUCUGAUACAGAGGAACAGUCAGGUAGUUUUGAUUCAUCUCUACAAUCUGAUACAGAGGAACAGUCAGGACGUACUUCUCCUGUAGUUCAGUUCCCCUCCCUCUCCUCCUCUAUCCCGGAGCAUACUAGUAGUAUCCGUCCCAUCCUUAAACAUAGAGAUGAUACUCUUCAUGGAAUACUAAAGCACAGAGAGAAAUCCUCCUCCCCUGUCCUUGAACCCGUGACUGACCAGGGACCUGGAGACUGGACCGGAUCCGGGUUUGAUGCAACUAAAUUUACAACUAAUUAUUGUCGGACUGAUCCAGGACCUGGAGAUGAGCAUGUUCUUGAACCCCAAAGAGGAGGACAUGAUGAAGGAAGAGCUGGGGUUUUCAACAGAUUCAGAUCUUGUAGUCCACCAGUCUCAGAGUCAUCUCGUCUUUUCCCAUCACAUAGUUGCUCACCAAGGCGUGGAUCCCCGCCCCUCAGAAGAAUGGAGGGAUUGGAGGGAACGCCUCUGAGAAUCCUGGAGAGGCGGGACAGAACGCCCCCUCUGGGUGAUGAAGAUGAGGUGCUUUGUAUUGAAGAACAUCUCUCAGAUAAUGGAGAAGGCGUGGAAAGAUCCAGGUUUUAUGAGAGAAAACUCAGUUUGGCGGAAAGAGUUAAAAUCUUUGAUUCUUUGUCAGCAGCCGGGCCGAAUAUGUCAGCUGAUUCAGCUGGGCAGAUAAUUUCAGCUGAUGCCGCCUGGCAGAAUAUGUCCGCUGAUGCUUCCGGGCAGAAUAUAGGUCGUCCUCCUCGUAUUGGUGGUGCUACUGCUACAGGCUCUGUAGUUCGGAGGAGAAGAAAGCAGAACUCUAGGUUCCAGACCCAGCCUAUAACUGUGGACGAGGUGGAGAAGGCAAGGAAGGGGUUCUUCUCCGACUCCAGCUCCAGAAUAUCACCACUGGGAGGACCAAGAACCUCGCCAUUGUUUGCAAUGCUCCGUCCUGUCUCUCUAGAGGAACUAGCGGGGGAUGUUGUUGUACCUCAGCCAAGAAGAUAUCUUCCAAUACCCCGAUCUACUCUUCCAGAAUCUUCCAGUUCUAGCGGAAAAUCUUCCACAAGUAUUAGAUUCUCUCCUUCCAAACCGUCCUUCUCCUCCAACCCUGGGAGCAGUAAUACUGGAGAACCAGGACGGAGAAGUCGUCUUGUAACCUGUGUAUCCGAAGGUUCACUGCUCACUAGAAACUCUUUAUUUCGACCAGUGAUCAGUCCCCCACCUAGAGACAGGUUCCAACCUUCUCCACCCAGGGGGCAGCCCUCUCCAGCCUUCUCCUCGGAGAACGUGAACUCGAGGUUGCAGAACCUGGAUCCAUCUCCUCCUCCUCUCUACACCAGAUCUGCUUCCAGUCCUGUAGAUCCGUCCACCCGGAGAGGGUUUAGUCCUUCUUCUGUCAGACGGAGUUCUCCGGUCUUCCAGAGACAAAACUCUAGUCCACACGUCAGAUUAAACCAAAUUCAGCCAAGUCUACAAAGACAGUCAUCUAGUCCUCCAAGAUUAUUCCAGGUGUCUCCUCCCUCCACUACAACCUUCAGACAAUCACCUCUUUACCAUGAGGAACCUUCUAGUCUUUCACACUCUCUCUUCUCUCGCUCAUCGGCGUUCCGUCCCGUUCCGACUGCGGAGAAAUCUUCAUCCGAACUUACUCCUGUGUCUGGUCCGAUCCCGGUCCCUUCUCCUCGUCGUCUCAGCAGAGACGAAUCCUGGAAGGACGGAGAGGAUGAGGAUCUGCAGAGUAUUCUCAAGGUACGUGAGGAGCCUGUAUCUCUGAGCUCCAGUAGAGCUACUGAACCAAGAAUACCAAGGAGAAGUAUACUCAAGAAUGAUUCUGUAGAAGAGUAUGUUUCUUUAAACCGGAGAUCUGUUGAUCCUCCAGGGCGGAGUGUUCUCAAGAAGGAUUCUAGUUAUGAUGGAGCCAGAGCUGUUUCCUCACCAAACCUCAACCGUAGCAAUAGUAACAGCAGUGAUGAUGUUGGACUCUCCUUUACUGAUGUCGUCAUUGAUCCAGUUCCAAGGACAGGAAGAAAAUCUGCUCCAGAGACCCCUGUAAAGCGUGGAACUGGAUCCCGUACUCCUGUAAUCCCUAGAUCCAGUAUACGUAUAUCAGCGGAUGGGGAUCUAGCUGGAAAACUAGCUAAACUAUCUACUCAGGCGGAUAAUAUGAAACUGAAAAUGAGCUUCGAGGAUAAAACGGAUCCUGAACACAGAGACUCAACACAGAGAAGUUCCUCUCCCUGCCAACCAUCUACUAACCACAACUCUUCCACCACCUCCAGUUCCUCCCCCUGCCAACCAUCCACUAACCACAACUCUUCCACCACCUCCAGUUCCUCCCCCUACCAACCAUCCACUAACCACAACUCUUCCACCACCUCCAGUUCCUCCCCCUACCAACCAUCCACUAACCACAACUCUUCCACCACCUCCAUUUCUCCAACAUUACUUGAACCAAUCACCUCCAUUCCUCUAGAAAAUCCAGCUCCUCCACUCAUCCAACUACCUUUGCCUGUCCACCUACCUCCGCCCGCCCCCCUGCCACCAACCCCCUCUGUUAAACCCCACAACUCAUCUAACCGUUCCUCCCGCAAAGUUGACCUGCCUAAACCUGAAGAUUUCUACGCUAUUUACCAGCAGCAAAAACGUAGAAACUCGCUCAGUCCCGCCCCUAUCUCAAGCACACCCUCACCUAAACCUGCCCUAAGCUCAGGAACGCCCUCUCCGAAGGGAAGUGAAAGGCGGAGCCUUCGCCAGCGAUCUGCCAGUCCGCAGUGCAGGAAGGGGGUGGAGUUCUGGGAGGAGAAGGAGGCGGAGUUGAAGAGGGCGAGUAGUCAAGAACGUGACAAGAUGUCCGCUAGAACAGAUGUUCAGAUCCAAGGCGGAGGGAUUAUGGAAAGGUUGGCUCAGUUACAGAAGCAUGGGGAUGAGGAUUGGAGAAAAAGAGUCGAUAAACCGAACCCUCUUGAAAUAUCAAGAUGCAUCCCACCUUCCAAUAAUCAGAACACUGCUGAUAAUUAUAUCCACAUAAUGAUAAUCCAGGGAUCAGCUGCAGCAGCUCGACCGGUCAGCUUGAUGGACAGGAUGAGUAAACUCAACGAGGCCCAGGGGAACUGGCAGAAGAAGGUUGAGGUCAAGGACACAAAAAAGUUCACAGUGGAGGGUAAGAUGGAGCGUGAAAAACUAGAUAAAUCCGUUAUGUCUGGAGAUUCUAGGCUCCGUACACCAGAACCUGUUUCUACACCUGUAAACGCCAAUGUAAACAAAGUAAAGACUGUGGAGCGGGAGCGGCGGACCCCGACGAUGACGAUCUUCAAGGGAUCCAAUACUCCAGUCAGGGCCCGCCCCGUCUCAUUGUUUGUUCACAGUGAAAAUGUGAAUAAUAAAGGGACUGGUUCCGGUUUGAAUAGAUCUAGUUCCUUGAGAAAGGUAUCCGGGGAGCAUAGUCCUGUAUUCCCUAGUCCUACUCCUCCUAGUCCGGAGAUACAGUUCCAAGGUAUAGAUGAGGAGGAGGAAAUAGAUUUUGACGAGGAGAGAAUAAAUAAUUAUAAACCAACCCUUCUCUCAAGAAAAACAGUUCAACCUCCCAGGCGGACAAGGGGGAGCCGGAACCCCGUGAAGAACCUGUUGGCUAGGCAGGACCUAGUCACCAGGGAGGAGGAUCUUAAGUACCAAGAGAACAAGGAGAACAUGAACAAGGUUGACCGCUCUAGUAAACAUAGUCACCUGGCAGCUGAAGCACUCGCUGGGCUCGCAAGUACAGAGGAUUUUACGUCAGUACAGCUAAGGAAGGAUAAACUGCUGAUUAAUCAGAAUAUGCAACCCUACAAAGGAAAAAUGCUGAUACAGGUGAAAGGCCGACGGUUUUGUCAGUGUAGACUGGUUGAACCAGUGGCAGCGUCCAUUAACUCCGGGGACUGUUAUAUCCUGGUGACAGGGAAGGAGGUCUUCAACUGGCAGGGGAAGUUCUCUAACGUGAUCGAGAGAUCUAGGUCCGCAGAGGUCGCUCUCACUAUCAUUCAGAAGAAGGAUCUGGGGUGUAAAGGAGGAUCUAGAGUGCAGACUAUAGAAGAGGAGAAGCUGGUUCACUGCUCUAGGGAGUAUCGGAGGUUCUGUAGUGUUCUCACAGGAUCAGAGGACAGUUUCGAGGCCAGGGGGGCAGGACCUUCAGAGGAGGACGAGGAUUAUGAGCAGAGUAUAGUAGAUGCUAGCUGUGUGUACGAGGUGAACAUGUUGACCGAUGAGCUGGUUCCUAUAGAAGAGCACUGGGGUCUACCCCCUCGCUACUCCCUCCUCGACCCAGCCAAGGUUCUCGUCUUCGACUUCGGGAGCGAGGUGUACGCAUACAGCGGGAAGAACGCGAGCUUCGAGGCCAGGAAGGUCGGAGCUAGGCUAGCUCAGGAGCUAUGGAGCUCAGGUUGGAAUUAUGAAGGAUGUAACCUCAAUCCGGUUUACGGGGUUCAUCGGGAUAUGAUCGUCAACUCAAGGCCGGAUUGGACUAUCCUGGGACGUAUCAACUCUAAUAUGGAAACCAUUCUCUUCAGAGAGAAAUUCACAGACUGGCCAGAUAAAACUAGAGUUAUAGGAAAGUCCGCAAACGGAAAGGAGAAAGAAGACGUUGAUGUGAACACCCCUCCAAGCUGGGCCUGGGCCGACCUUGCCGGUUGGACCGGGGACAUGAUCUCCAACCUCGAGAGGUUGGACCCCGACCUCCAGCUUGAAGGAUCCCACCUGGGUCGAGGCCGUGAGUUCUAUGAUACCGAGGAGCGAAGGCAGUAUAUAGUUGAGACCCUGGGGGUAAAAUGUUGGUAUGUAGAAGAGAAUGAUUCUCGUCCUCUUCCUGAAUCAUUUAGUGGACAGUUUCAUUCUCAGGAUACUUAUGUAGUGCGCUGGAAAUAUAAGGUUGCGUUGACCGGACGGAACCUGAAGGGAGGAGCCUCCAAGUACAGCGCUGUUGGUAGAGAUCGUUGUGCUUACUUCUUCUGGCAGGGGGAGGACAGUAAAAUAUCACUCCAGGGAGCGUCUGCCCUGCAAACUGUUGAACUGGAUAGUGAGAAGGGUCCCCAGCUGAGGGUUCAGGAAGGAAAUGAACACGCGGCAUUUCUCUCUCUCUUCUCAGGGAAUAUGAUCAUAUACAAGGGGAGGAGGGGAGAGCGUAACUUUAAGGAGUGGCGGUUGUUCCUGGUUCGCGGACAGGAGUGGAAUGAGACUUAUCUUAAGGAGAUUGAAUGCUCCUGGAAGAAUCUCAGAUCUCAAGGAGUUUUCGUUCUCUGCAGACGAGGUAAAUUGUAUUUAUGGAUCGGACGGAACUCUGCCCCCCACCAGGUGGAGAUGGGAGAAGAGGUUUGUAAACGUCUAGCUCUUCAUCUACCUGGAGAACUAGGACUAGGAGACUCAGCAACCCUCUCUACACUCCAGGAUGGAUCAGAGAGCUCAGAGUUCUGGUCUGCUCUAGGAGGAGAUAGAAACCUCACUAAUCAACUCUUCAGUUCUGAUAUUCCCCUGGUGGUGACCCCUCGUCUGUUCCAUAUGACUAGCGUGCUGGGUAGUUUCGAGGUGGUUGAAAACCUACCGGAGCAAAUGAAACUAGGUUUACCCAACCCUCUCCUCUUCUCCCAGGAUACCCUGUACUCCGCGGAGCAACCUGGACUGUAUAUGCUGGAUACAGGACGGAGAAUCUAUUUAUGGCAGGGUUGGAUGGAACCUGACUCAGAUAUUCCUAGCGAAGGAACUGCCAGCGGGAACAAUACUGGUUCAGGUUUGGUCCGAUGGCAUGCUGAAAGACGAGCAGCUAUGUCUAGUAUCCUGGACUACAAGAAGGAGAUUGAGAGAAUGGAAGGAAGGAAGGAGGUUGACCUGCUCCUGGUCUGGGCUGGACAUGAACCUCAGGAGUUUAUCAACUAUUUUCCCCAAUGGGAGAUUAAUCUUGAUGUUAAACUCUAUAAUACAGAGUGGGUUGAGAAGGGCAGCCUGGAGGAUGUAUAUCAGAAACUGAGCAGGACUGAAUACUCCUGGAUGGAGUUACAAGAGAGACCCUUCCCUCCUGGAGUAGAUCCAGCCAGGAUAGAACAUUAUCUUUCCAGCAACACAUUUAAGGAUAAAUUUAAGAUGAGUAAAGAAGAAUUCCAAGCUCUACCGCGCUGGAAACAAAUCGAACUCAAGAAAGAUGUUGGCCUAUUCUAAAACGGUGGCGCUUACUCUCAGCUUGUAGCGCCUCAUACAUGAUGGUGGCGCCUAUUUAAACAUGUUAGCGCAUAUUUCAAGAUGGUGGCACCUAUUCUAAAAAGAUGGCGCCCAUUCCAAAAUGAUGGAGCUUAUUCUGAAAAUGUGGCACCUUUAAGAUAUAAUUGGACCUAUUUAUACAUUUUCCAACCUAAAAUGGCGGCUUUAUUUUUCAUGGAUUUUAUUCUAAAACGAUUGAUUCCCUCGAGAAGCCACCCAAACUAAGCAGAAAAGGAAGAUUCUAUGAGAAGUCUGUUCAGUAAUUAAAUACAGUAAACGCCUAUUUAAAUUGUAAAUUUUAAAAUUAAUUUUACACAGAUUCUAUAAUGUUGAUGUGUUAUAAACAGUACACAGUACAAACCGUACUGUACAGACCAACCCUUCACAUAAGCUCUACAAUUUACUUUGUACAAUUAUCAACGUAACAAUCUCAAAAAAUAUGUUUUCUCUCUUAAUAAAAAGAACCAAGUUUUAUUUAAAUCGCGCAAAUGAGAUUUAUCGAGAAAGUUAAAGACAACCCUUAGAAACCGGUUUUUAUAGAUGCCGGUAGAAAUGGUAGAAAACACCACACAAACCCCCAAGCUUAAUACCGUGAUACCUAGCUGUGAUUUUAACGCUGUAAAUCUGCCUUAAUUAAUAUUAUUAACACAAAUACAUUGUAAUCGUGGCAUUAAUUAAAUAUUUAUACAAUUGUCCA